CACGAGUUCAGGAAGCUUACUAAUAAACUCCCCCAAUGCUCUUCGUUUGUCAUUCUGUUUCAGAAGCCCUUCGCUGAACUCGUUCAGAACUUUUUUCGCUUUUUGUGAACCUAAACUGAAAACAUGUUGAGAGUAUCGUUCGUGAUAGCUCUUCUCCUUGUAGUCAAAUGUUACUCUGACAAACAGGAAAUGGUAAUUUCAGAAGAUAUUGUGCAGAAAGUGAAUAUUUUAAAUGUAGGUUGGGAAGCAACUAUCUACCCACAGUUCGCGAAUUUGACUCUGGAGAAAGCUUCUUUGAUGCUGGGCAGUAAAGGUGGAUGGCCACGAGAAAACCCACCUCAAGAAAGACGAGUCGAAAUAGUGGAGAACAUUCCUGAUACUUUUGAUUCACGUCAGCGAUGGCCAGGCUCGAUACGACCGAUUAGAAACCAGGGUCAGUGCGGCAGUUGUUGGGCUUUUGGAGCAUCAGAAACUCUCUCAGAUCGUUUUGCUAUCGCCAGUCAGAACAGAAUCGAUGUGGUUUUGUCUGCUCAACAAUUGGUCGACUGUGAUACUGAUAACAGUGGAUGCAAUGGAGGCUGGCCAAUCAAGGCAUGGAACUAUAUGGUCAAGACUGGUCUCCUAACAAAGGGAUGCUACGGUCCCUACUACGCCGAGCAGUAUCAGUGCAGACUGAAUGGAAGUUCCAUCACAGAGUGCCCUAGUGGUAGUACUGCUGAGGUACCCAGGUUCUAUCACGCCAAGAAUGCUUACGGAAUCCCAGCUAGGAACGUGCCUGCGAUGCAAACGGAGAUCAUGACCUAUGGACCAGUUGAAGCUGAUUUUACGGUUUAUCAAGAUUUCUUUGCCUACAAGUCGGGAGUCUACACCCACACCACCGGCACGCAAGCUGGAGGGCAUGCCAUCAAGGUUAUUGGAUGGGGUACAGAGAAUGGUGUUCCAUACUGGCUUUGUGCAAAUUCUUGGGGUACAACCUGGGGAUUGCAAGGUUAUUUCAAGAUUCGUCGUGGGGCUGACGAGUGUGGAAUCGAAGAUGGAGUUACAGCUGGCCAAGCAUUACUUUAAUAGUUGCAAACUAUUUGCACAGUUUUUUAAAGCUGAAUUGUAUUUUUUUAGUCCGAAUUGUAUUUUUUAUAAACUUUGUUUUUUUAUAUAUUAACAACCAAAGCACCAUCUUAAUAGUUUGA